UUUUUUUUUUUUUUUUUUUUUUUUUUUUUUUUUCUCUUUUUCCUCUUUUUCCUCUUUAUUAUUGUUCAAAUCGUCCCAUAGCAUGGAGUUGGCGGUGUUCUUCUUGUUGCUUUUCUCCUCCCCCCACCCAAGACUGGGUCACCAUUUAACACGAUUCGCGCCAUGUCAUUUUGUUUCUAUCUUUUCGGUUUCUAUCUUUUCGGGUGCCAUGGAUUUAUUGACAUGUCAUGUCACGUACAACUUACAACGUCCAUUGAAGGACAUUUUAGCGCUAUCCCAUACACAGGGGUGUUACUUUUCGGGGGAAAAUGGAGUUAUUUCAACAUUUAAGAGGAAUAUUUACAGAACACAGGAUGUCUUUUCUAAUUUUUCUUUUUUGUCUAUAUUAAAAAAGCGUUCCAGUCAUUCUACCAAUUCCUGGAAUUUUUGAUCGAUCGUUGAGGAUUAAUAGUAUCUUAGUGGUAUCGUACUCAUGGACCCGUAAGCAGUUCGUCAAAACGUCCGGAGAUUGACGCUUCUUGUCGUGGAAUUGCACAGGUUGUGGAUUGUUGAAGUCCUCAUCCAACCUUGCAAUAAGUCUCAGUAUUUCAGCACAUCGUGCUGGUCUUAUGCCUCACAGGCCCAGGCUGGUUGCCAUUUA